AUGUCUUAUAACACUACCAGCUCGAAACGCGCGGCCGAGGACUACGCGCGGACGACGCACGGGCAAGAAGACUCGUACGGACAGCCAACGAAGAAACCGCGCUUCGACGUCCGGAAUCCAUCAGCACUUGCGCCGGACGCGUUGGAAGACGAUGCGGUGCUCGAGGCGGACGUGAUUGGUGGUCGGGGGCAGCAGGUGCGGCGGGGUGCCGUCAACAUCGACGGCUACGAUUCGGACUCGGACAAUGACAACUUCGACGCCCGUGCCGAUGCUAAGGCCAAGGAGCAGAAGAAUGCAGAUGCCAAGUCGAAGGAAGAAGAGGAUAAUGACAUGUUCGCGGAUCUGGAGGAGGAUUUCAAGGACGGAGAUGACUCGGAGGGUGAUGCGGGGAGACGAGCGGGUAAGAAGAAGAAGGCUGUGCAGUUUCUAGACGCCGAUCAGAUCGUCGGGCAGGUGGAGAAUUCGACGAGUGGAGGGCAUGUUUCUGCGGAUUUCACUUUGAAUAAGUCCAAGGGAAAGGGUAGGGUGCUGGACAACGAGGUGGAAAGCAGUAGCGACAGUGAGGUGGAUGAUGAGACGAGAGCCAACGCCGAUGAACUUGAUCCUGAGCUUGGAGCUGGCAGCAAGAAGACACAUGCACCCAAGCUAGAUGCCUUCAACAUGAAGUCAGAGAUGGAGGAAGGUGGCUUCGAUGACCAAGAAAACUAUGUCCGGAAAGCAGUCGAUCCAGAUGCCAAACAUGAUGUAUGGCUAGAGGGGACGUCUAAGAAGGAGAUCAGGAAGGCAAAAGAGGCGGCCGAAAAGCGAGAGGCAGAACGAAGAAAGCGUGACCUGGAAGAUGAUUCACUUUCGAUCGGAACGGUUUUGUCGACUCUGAUUCCAUUAUUGGAACGUGGUGAGACCAUUCUUGAAGCUUUAGCCCGCCUUGGAAAACGAAAGGACAAGAAGCCGAAAUGGCAAAACAAGAACAGGAAUAACAAACACAAGGGUACAGCUGAAGACGAUACCACGGCUCAAGAUGAAGCAGCCGAACAGGCUCGUCGUCAAAAGGUCGAGGCUAUCACAGGUGCGGCAGAUAUUCUUAUGACCCGGGGUCAAGCCGAAGUUUACGAUGCUGAGAGAGAACUACUCGUACGACAAUAUCGAAAGGAAACAGGUGAAGACUGGGUUGAGCCUGUUGAACAGGAUGAUCAUGAACAGAUUGAUUCUAUGGAACAGCUCUGGGAAUACAGGUGGACUGACGCCAGAGAUGGUGGAGCCAUCAAUGGCCCAUAUGAUUCUAACACCAUGCGACAGUGGAACGAUGCUGGAUACUUUGGUGAGGGUGUUGAGUUUCGUAGAAAGGAUGAUGGCGACUGGACCAGAGUGGCAGCCUUUGCCUAA